AUGAAGUUUCAAACCAAUGAAGACAAAGAGAAGAUUCUCCAAGUUUCUAGAAAGAAAAAAACAGGUUCUAUACAAGAGAUGAAGAAUAGAAUGGCCGCAGAAUUCUCUGGCAACAGUGGAUUCCAGAAGACCAUGACCAGUUAUCAAAGGGCAACUGGAGAUAUGCUCUUCCAAAUAAGUGAAUCAACCAAGAAAGAGAAAAAGAUGGGAUGCACAAGUAAGGGAUCCAGUGCAGGCGAGGGAAGAAAUUUUUAUAUUGUGAGCCACACAAGAGGAUUAAGGAAGUACUGGAAGAAGAACUCUAUAUUAAGAGAGAUGAAUGCCACAUUAAAAAUACACCUGCAGUUUUUUAUAGAAACUCUCUUGGGUACCAGCAUUGCUGGGAGAAAUAAAAGAAUUGAAAACAUGACUCUGAGGAUUGUUGAACACCCAGCAGUGGCCCUGGAAGGGAUUUGGAGCAUUAAAAGGAAUUUCCCCGUGGGAGGCUUGAAGCCAGGACUGCCCAGCAGAAACACAUUACUGCCACAAGCCAAGUACUAUUCGAGGCACGGAGGGCUGAGAAGAUAAGAAGAAUACAUUUUUCCAUUGAGAAGAAACCUCUUUCUCCUAAUGUCUGAAAGACAGAGAAGAAACCCCAAACUUGUUUCACAGUUUAAGAUGUGUAAAAAAGUGUCUAUAAAUUAUAUUAUUGGUAUUAAUUCCUAUCUAUAAAUUAAGCCAAAGUUAUCACAGACUAUUGGUAAAGCUUACUUAGCACCUGAAAACAAUGAAGGAAAAUAAACUUAUUUUUAGUUGUUACAUUAGGCUUCUAAUUCAGAUUAUUUUAUUAAAUAUGUAAAGCAUAAUAAAACAAAGGCAUAUUUAUUGUCUUUACUUCAAGUAAACAUUAUAAACCUAAA